ACGCCGUGCCCACCCGCUUGGGUCUCCGCGAGCCGCAAAGCUGCUGUCCACGUGGACUGGUGCUGAAAUCUCGCGUCCGGCUGCGGCCAGAGCCUCUCCAGCAAAACCCAGAGACAUGGCGACGAACGGGACAAAAGUGGCAGAUGGACAGAUCUCCACAGAGGUCGAUGCUUCAAUCACCAACGACAAGCCUAAAACCUUGGUUGUAAAAGUGCAGAAGAAGAAGACGGAUCUUCCAGACCGAGAUACUUGGAAAGGAAAAUUUGACUUUCUUAUGUCCUGUGUAGGUUAUGCUAUUGGCUUAGGGAACGUGUGGCGAUUUCCAUACCUUUGUGGCAAGAAUGGUGGAGGUGCAUUCCUGAUUCCCUAUUUCCUUACUCUAAUUUUUGCUGGAGUGCCACUUUUCCUUUUGGAGUGUUCCCUUGGUCAGUAUACAUCUAUAGGAGGCCUUGGAGUAUGGAAGCUUGCUCCAAUGUUCAAAGGUGUGGGACUAGCUGCUGCAGUCCUUUCCUUUUGGCUAAAUAUUUACUACAUUGUGAUUAUUUCGUGGGCCAUAUACUACCUGUAUAAUUCCUUUACCACUACUCUUCCUUGGAAACACUGUGAGAACUCAUGGAACACUGACCGCUGCUUCUCCAAUUAUACCUUAGCAAACACCACCAACAUGACAAGUGCCGUGGUCGAAUUCUGGGAACGCAAUAUGCACCAAAUGACUGAUGGAUUGGAAAAACCGGGACAAAUCCGAUGGCCGCUAGCAAUUACUCUAGCAAUUGCCUGGAUUCUGGUGUAUUUUUGUAUCUGGAAGGGGGUAGGCUGGACCGGAAAGGUGGUAUAUUUCUCUGCUACUUAUCCCUAUGUUAUGCUGCUUAUCUUGUUCUUCCGUGGUGUAACACUGCCUGGAGCAAAGGAAGGCAUUUUAUUCUAUAUAACUCCCAACUUCAGUAAGCUUUCAGACUCUGAGGUUUGGCUGGAUGCUGCCACACAGAUUUUCUUCUCCUAUGGUUUGGGUCUUGGUUCACUGAUUGCCCUUGGAAGUUACAACCCUUUCCACAAUAAUGUUUACAGGGACUCCAUCAUAGUGUGCUGCAUAAACUCAUGCACGAGCAUGUUUGCUGGCUUUGUCAUCUUCUCCAUUGUUGGAUUCAUGGCUAAUGUCACAAAGAGGCCUAUUGCAGAUGUUGCAGCAUCAGGCCCUGGACUGGCAUUUCUAGCUUACCCAGAAGCAGUGACACAGUUACCAAUUUCUCCUUUGUGGGCAAUACUGUUCUUCUCCAUGUUGCUUAUGCUCGGAAUUGACAGUCAGUUCUGCACUGUGGAAGGAUUUAUAACAGCUUUGGUGGAUGAAUUUCCGAAGUUACUGCGCAAUCGAAGAGAAAUCUUCAUUGCUGUUGUAUGCAUUGUUUCCUAUCUGAUAGGGCUGUCCAAUAUUACUCAGGGUGGAAUCUAUGUGUUUAAGCUUUUUGACUACUACUCUGCCAGUGGAAUGAGCCUCUUGUUCCUUGUAUUCUUUGAAUGCAUCUCGAUAUCCUGGUGCUAUGGUGUUAAUAGAUUUUAUGACAACAUCCAAGAGAUGGUGGGAUACAGACCCUGCAUCUGGUGGAAACUCUGCUGGUCGUUUUUCACUCCUAUUAUUGUGGCAGGAGUAUUUAUCUUCAGUGCUGUCCAAAUGACUCCGCUCACAAUGGGAAGUUACGUUUUCCCAAAAUGGGGCCAAGGGGUUGGCUGGUUCAUGGCUUUGUCUUCUAUGGUGCUGAUACCAGGCUAUAUGGCAUAUAUGUUUCUAACACUGAAAGGCUCCUUAAAACAGCGCAUCCAAGUAAUGAUUCAGCCAAGUGAAGACAUCGCCCACCCUGAAAAUGGGCCAGACCAGGCCCAACAGAGCAACUCUGCAAACAAAGAAGCCUACAUCUAAACUUCGGUAUUGUAGAAGUACCAAUACUGCUCCAGAAAAACAAAAAAUAUGGUUGAAUAUGACCACAAAUUUAUGUCUGAGAAUAUAAUUACCUACCUCUAGUG